UCCUACAAAAAUAUUUGAAAGAUGGGCAACUCUGUUCGUGCGGACUUGCUUUUUUAAUAUUUUUGAGAAUGUUGCGUUUGUUAAAUAAACGUUUUUAUUGCAAAUUUGCAACAAAAACCAAAGUCAAGUCCGACAAGUUGAACUUCAAGCAACUUACGCACCCUACCAAGGUUCCACAGACCCCAUUAAAGACCGCCUUCCCGGAUACCUCUGCCAACAAAAUAGAACUUGACCCAAAGAGCAUUCAAUUGCUGGAGCGCCUGUCUUUGGUAGAUCUGGACAGCGAUCGAGCUUUGGAAACCCUUCAAAGCAGCAUCCAGUUUGCUGACAAGAUUAUCCACAUCCAAACCGAUAAAGUGCGACCACUUUAUACGGUUUUGGAGCUGCAGCAACUCCAAUUACGCAACGACCAAGUGACAGAGGGCGACUGUCGUGCUAAAGUGCUGAGCAACGCCAAAGUUACGGACGAGGACUACUUCAUCUCACCACCAGGCAACAUUCCUCUCGAGCAAUGA